UUAUAAGGCCGGAGGUGGGAGUUCAGGAUUGCGGAAGUUUUGUAAGGAGGGUCGGGCGGCUUUGAGAUCGCGGUGCUGUUUUCAAAUAAAUUGCGGAAAGGAGGCCGCUGUUGGGGGUUUGAGAGCAGCCAGCCUACGCACGUUUAGGGGUAACUCCUGGCCUGACUCGGCGUUGCUGCUGUUGUCUUCUUCUGCCUCCCUUCCUCUUCGGGGAAUCGCCUUUCCGCCAUGGCAUCCACCUCGCCCAACCUCCAGAAAGCGAUAGAUCUUGCUAGCAAAGCAGCCCAAGAAGACAAAGCUGGGAACUAUGAGGAAGCCCUUCAAUUCUACCAACAUGCUGUGCAGUAUUUUCUCCAUAUAAUUAAAUAUGAAGCACAGGGUGAUAAAGCCAAGCAAAAUAUCAGGGCAAAGUGUACAGAAUAUCUCGACAGAGCAGAAAAACUAAAAGAGUACCUGAAAAAGAAAGAAAGCAAACCACAGAAGCCAGUGAAAGAGGGACAACCAAGUCCAGCUGAUGAGAAGGGGAAUGACAGUGAUGGGGAAGGAGAAUCUGAUGAUCCUGAAAAAAAGAAACUACAGAAUCAACUUCAAGGUGCCAUUGUUAUAGAACGACCAAAUGUGAAAUGGAGUGAUGUUGCUGGUCUUGAAGGAGCCAAAGAAGCACUGAAAGAGGCUAUUAUAUUGCCUAUUAAGUUUCCUCAUCUCUUUACGGGCAAGAGAACACCUUGGAGAGGAAUCUUGUUAUUUGGGCCACCUGGUACAGGAAAAUCCUAUUUAGCCAAAGCUGUAGCAACAGAAGCAAACAACUCAACAUUUUUCUCAGUAUCUUCCUCUGACCUUGUUUCUAAGUGGCUAGGUGAAAGUGAAAAGCUAGUUAAGAACUUAUUCCAACUUGCCAGAGAGAAUAAACCUUCCAUUAUCUUCAUCGAUGAAAUUGAUUCUCUGUGUGGUUCAAGAAGUGAAAAUGAAAGUGAAGCUGCACGUAGAAUUAAAACAGAGUUCCUAGUUCAAAUGCAAGGGGUUGGUGUGGACAAUGAUGGAAUUUUGGUUCUGGGAGCAACAAAUAUACCCUGGGUUUUGGAUUCUGCCAUUAGGCGAAGAUUUGAGAAACGAAUUUAUAUCCCUUUGCCUGAGGCCCACACCCGAGCAGCAAUGUUUAAACUUCACUUAGGGACCACGCAGAACAAUCUAACAGAAGCAGACUUCUGGGAUCUUGGAAAGAAAACUGAAGGUUAUUCAGGGGCUGACAUAAGCAUCAUUGUGCGUGAUGCUCUUAUGCAGCCGGUUAGGAAAGUACAGUCAGCUACUCAUUUUAAAAAGGUUCGUGGACCUUCACGAGCUGAUCCUAACCACAUAGUAGAUGAUCUGCUAACACCCUGUUCUCCAGGUGACCCUGGUGCCAUUGAAAUGACAUGGAUGGAUAUCCCUGGGGAUAAACUUUUGGAGCCAGUUGUUUGCAUGUCGGAUAUGCUCCGGUCACUAUCAAGCACAAAACCCACAGUCAAUGAACACGACUUGUUGAAAUUAAAGAAGUUUACAGAAGAUUUUGGCCAAGAAGGCUAAAUCAAAGACCGCAAGGAAGAAAUUUACCAUGUGUGUUUCUUUCAUGGGUAUUUUUGCCCUUCUUGGAUGGCGUUCAGAUUUUUUCCUGUAAAACUCUUUUACCACAGGGAGAUAGAGAUCUUACUUCAGAGUUCCUUUAAGUUUUAUAUAUACUUUUGCUCCAUUAUCAGUUAAAUUCUCCUGUUAAAAAUUAUAAAAUAACGGGUUAUAAGAAAAUGAGUAGUAACUAAAAAAGAGUGAGUGAUACAUAAAAAGCAAAAAGAAAAAGAAAUUACCCAGUAAAAAGAUUUAAAAUUGAGAUACAAAUAUUUUAAAUUGUUAUGAAUAGUGGUCUUUGCAAAGAGCAUUCAUUUUUUUUAAACUAAAAUGAAAUGAGGCUUAUUUCAUAUUUUGAAAAAAAUCUUAAGCAUCCUUCUCAUCAAUGUAAAAUUUACUUAACUUUAUUAAAAAGUUAAAAAUGAUUUACUCUCAGGGAUGGUCAGUAAAACAGCAAAGAGCACUGUGAUUGGGCUCGAAAGAUUUUAAAUUGCGUUCUUCCCACAGCUUUUAUUGAUUUUUGAUAGGUUGGUGUUUUUCUCCAUGUAGAUUUAAGUUUCUAUAAAAGCAGCAGGCUUUUUUAUACUUAACUAAAUAAUACCUUUCACUGUGCAAUCUCAAGAGAAAGACUCUCUAGACAUUGUCUUUAUCUUGAAGAAGAAAAUUGUCUACUUCAGUGUCUUUUUGUAGCAAGAGUAACCAAAACAGGUGGUUAAUAAAUACGUACUUUUAAAAAUAACUCUGUCGUGAAAUACUGUAAUGGGAACCUUUGCUAAAAGGAACAAGCUCCCUUUGGAUUAUGGGAAGUUACUUGUGUGUGAUUGGGGUGGGGGGGGGCGGGUGUACAUAUAUAUAUAUAUAAUUUUUUUUUAAAUAUCGAACAGCAUCUUGUCUUUUACCUUUUAAGGUCAGGGAACAUCUUGCCCUGGCCACACAUACAUUAUCAAUGUAAUGUUUCAUAAAGCUUUAGAAAUGAGCUGAUGUCUCCUUAAAUAAUAAACUACAAACAUGACAUUGUUAUUUUAAUAUCUUCAAGUAAAUAAUCUGAGGGUGUGUGUUAUACACGUUAGCACCAACACUAAGUUGUGCCUUGUACAUUUGCAUUGGCUGUACAUGCAAAGGAUUAUUAAGUCAACUAGAUAAGGUAGAUUCCUUAAUUUACCAUAAAGUUCUGCCUUGUUGAUGCUCUAGGAUAACUUGCAUUUUAAAGUAUAUUUGCACAUUUUACAUAUGAUUCUCUAUAGUUGCCUUUGGGUUUUCUGUACAGUUGGUGUUUGUUGAUAUUAAAUGGAAAUCAUAGACCUGAAAUACGCUGUUCUACGUGAAGUAAAUUGAUAUAACCUACUGUUGGCUAUAUUCUGUGUAUGCUUCUUUAUUUUGGGAUCUUCUCUGCAGGAGAAAAUAUUAUCUAAACUGAUUAGAUACAAAUAAAUCACUAAAAAUCGAGAAUGUAUACAUAAAAAUUCUGAUUUUCAGCAACCUUUAUGUGAGAAUUGGGAAUUGGCAGAUCAACACCAAAUCCUUUGUGGAUGUCUUAAAUUUUAUAUAUUUUUAUUUUAUCAGCCUCAGAAUCAUGCAGGAUUGCUAUUAAUCCUAUCAUUAGGAGAAUUAACAUAAUUACAUUAUAAUUAUAUAGUGGUUGAAAUCCAGAAUUUUUCAAGAAUCCAAAAUUUGUUUUGAGGAAGUAUUUUACUUAAAUUGAUCAAAUAGUGUAUAAGUACUGUGCUGAUGAUGUGUAUGCUUUAUCACACUAAAUUCUUACAUGUGCUCUGAGAACUAUGCCUCAGUGUCCAUAUCACUUCUAGCCAUAGCUUCAUUUUCUAAAUUUCUAGUUUUAAAACUGUUUCUGGUAUCUAGUGAGUUUAGACUUAUUCUAGAAUGGUAAAGCAUGGGCCAUUUCCAUGUGCCCUUUCUGGGCAGAGAAAUACUCCAAGGAAAAUGAAUGUUCAGGCUCUGUCUGUCUGGACCCCGACCAUUAUGAUUUGGGGGUAAAUGUUUUCUGAGCCAGCAAGUAAACCCUACUUGAACAUCUCUAUAAGGUAUGCCCUGGAAGUUUCAGAAAAUUUUUGGUCCUAGUCUGAAAACUAUAGAGACCUUAAUUAUAAAGUAUUUCAGUAGAAAAUUUUGGCUUUGAGUGUACUGUCGUCAACAUGCAGAAAGAUGGAAUGAGUGUAUUUGAUUAUGAAUAUGAAGUGCCAUUUAGCCACUUGCACGUGCAUAGGUAGGAAGUGGUGACACACCUCCCUUAUGCAUUGUCAGAAGCGCUGCAGAUGGAGUGCCCAGCUUUGUGAGCUCUCACAGGGGCUGUGGGUUUCCUCUCUCCUUUCUUCUUUCCUCUGCUAGUCGAGAUCCCAUUAUUUACAUUAAGACCUAGCUCAUGACCCAUAUAGUCUCUUCCAGGAAGAAUUCCUAAACUGUCCCCAUCCUGCCUUUGCAUUUCUUUAGCACUAAGUUGCUAUGACUCUCUUAAGAUUCUCCAGGUUUCAAGCAUGUUCUGUUAAUUUUGUUUAGAUUGUUUAGAUUGUGAGCUCUUCAAACAGUUACAUUUCCCUUUGCAUUAGCAUAGUGCUAGAUGCUGUUUAUUAGGUACUUAAUAAAGACUUGAAAAAUUAAGGAAUUAUAUCCAUAUUUUAUCCUAGAUUAUCUGUAAAACUUUUUAUAAAAUAGAUAAUUUGAUUUGUUCUGGUUAGUCUAGCGAAGUUGUGGUAAGUUUCAGUCUUGGUUAUUGGGAACUAAAAUCAGAGGUGUGCCAGAGCUCACUCAUACUGGCUCAAAAGAACCAGUAUGAGUGAGUUUUACAUAUUUGUACCCACCUGUUCAGUCACCUCGUUGGCUUGCAAUCUGCCAUGUUGGGAGAGAUUUACGCCACAGAAACUAGCAAGUUUCUAUUUAGUUUACAUGGUGCAGUGCAAAGCAAGGGCUGUCUGUAGUUUUAAAUUGGAAAAGUAAUAUUAUUUACCACAUUUACAGAAGUAAAGGAGAAAAAUUAUUGUAGAGUCAUAAAAAGCUUUUAAUAAAAUCUAGCACCCAUUUGUAAUUUUCCUUUUUAACUUGACAAACCAGGAAUUGAAGGGAGCGUCUUAAUUUAAUAAAGAGCAUUUUCCCAAAAAACUCUAGCAAAUAUCAUACUAAUUGUAAAUUAUUGAAAACUUGACUUCCCAGAGAUGAGGAAAAAGACAAAGGUGCCUGCUGUCACCACCCCUUUUCAAGGUUUUGUGAAGGAAAUUCUAGCCAGUGUAAGAAAAAUAAAAGUUUAGUGGUUAAAAAGGCACAAACAAAAUUGUCAUUCUCAGGUGACAUUUGUGUAUGUAGAAAAUCCAAAUUAAUACACUUAGAAUCUGAAUUUAACAUUACAGGAUACUGGUUAAUAAAUAAAAAUAAUUGCAUUUCUAUAUUCUAGCAACAAUUAGAAAUUGAAAUUAAAACAAUACCAGUUGCAAUAAUAUCAGAAAGAAUCAAAUAACCUCAAAAUCUUCAAGAUGUGUAAGACCUCAGUGUAGGAAACAAUGAAACAUGAUCACUAAAGACCUGAAUAAAUUAGAGAGGUGGGCCCUGUUCAUGAGUUGGAAGAUUCUUAUCAAAAGUAUCAUUUCUAACCAAAUUGAUUCUAGAUUUAGUGCAAACCCCAAUCCAAAUCUGGGUAAUAUAUGUAUAGAUAUGUAUAUCUCUAGACACAAAAGUAUAUUCUUAAUAGAUUAUUGAUGAUUGAAAAGAAGUAUAGUGUGAAUUAAUUUUUUAUAACAGUAUCUUUCUCCCAGCUGUACCUUUCUGUCCAUUCAUCCAUAAUUAUUCAUGCAGAUAUCAGUUAAUAUACAUAGAAAGAUAUCUGGAACUACUUUUCACUUUAUGUUCAUUAUGUUAUUUGUGGAUAAUAAGAUUUGGCUGGAUUUUUCUCCUUUCUUUACCUCUUUCACCUCCUCUAAGUGUGAGUUAAGAGUAUCCUUUCAGCAAUACUCCCCCUGGUCAUCCUAUUUAAAAAUGAUGUUUCUUAUACCCAACCCCUGCUUUAUUUUUCUCUACAGCAUUUAUCAUCAUUUAUAGUAUAUAAUUUACUGUUUUUCUUGUUUGUAAUUUCUCUUGCUGAUGUAUGUCCCAUAAAAGCUGGGGUUUUCCUGUUUUUUUUUCCUCUGCUGUACCUUCAGUAUCUGGUGCCUGAUAGGCACUCAAUAAAUACUUACUGAAUGAAUCAA